GUCAAAUGUGGAUUUUUGUUUGCUGUUAGAGUUAAAACUUUUCACCUCUGCCUGCCCCAAUUUCUACAUGUUGCAACUUUGAAGUUGACAUGUGCAGACAUGUACAUGUUCAUCCUCACAGACUAGUGUAAGUGGCACAAGAACUGUAUUACCACAUCAUGGCUGAGAUGAUGCAAAAGGCAUUCACAGUUCUCCAGCCUGCUAGUCUGUUUAUGUUCAAUCGGCACCGGUCCUUCUCACGAAGUGACACUAAUGUCCAAAAAGGAAUUUGUGUGGAUUUCCGUUUUUUUCAGUAUUCUCUUUUACAAGUAUCGUGCUUGACCAUUUUGACAUGCUCCUACAAACAAAACAUUGUUCAUGUCAUAGUUACAUUAAUGUUGCCAGGGGGAAAAACAUCUUGAAAACAGCAUUUGCAUUUUCACGAAGAGACGCAAAAGUUCUUUGAGCAUGGACUGUACCAAACGUAUUGCAAGGAAACGGCUGAAAAUGCCACAUGAAGAACUUUGUCCGCAGCCAGUAGAAGACAAUUCAGCGCCGCUGUGUGUCGACCCACCACCCUGUAAGAUUGACCAGGACUGUGCCAUCUUUGAGAAGUGUUGCUUCACUGGAUGCAGUUUCAUGUGUGUUGCUCCAAAGGGGUUUACAGCAUGCUAUCACAAUGGCAAGAUUUACCAGACUGGGGAAGAUUACCUUGCAUCUGAUGGGUGUAACACAUGCUAUUGUUCAAAUGGUUUCUUCAGCUGCACUGAGAAAUACUGUGAUUUUGAUCCUGCUAUUGACAAGACCCGGAUUCUGACCCUUAGCCUCAUUGCCCUGGGAGUUGUGUGCCUCGUGGGAUGUGUGCUGUCAUUGGCCAAGCACCAACUUGCCAAGAGAACUUCCUCAUCAGUCAAGAAUGUGAACAAAAAAACAGCUGUCAAUAUGACUCAUGAGCUUGAGUUUUUGGAUCCACUCCCCACCAAGGUGUAAAGAGGAUCAUGGGUAUUCCAGGCUAGAUUCCUGGAGAGCUGUAGGCCUGCUCUACGGACUAAGCUGCGGACCACGACAUUUAUCACAAGUAUGGCCUCUGUGAAAUCUACAGCAUGUACAUGUUUUUACAAUUAACCCAGAUAUUGAUAACAAUUUUGAAAUACAUUUUUAACCAUUCACCCUGAAAGCUGAGCCAGUUGUGCAGGAAGCUGAAAUAGUUAAAUAUGCAAAUUUACUAUAUGCCUGCAACCAGGUAAAAAUGUGAAUGAUAUACAGAGAAAUAUGAAUGUUUUACAAAUUUUUUAAAAUGAAAUAUAUAUGCGUGACGUUAUGUGAACUGAUAUCAAUACUGUUUCGGUGACACUGGAUUUUUCUUGGAAUAUUACAGUUCUAUAUUGGCUCCCAGCCUUUUUUUUUUAAAUUUACCAAAGCAAUAGGGGAAAUCGUCACAAAUAAAGAGCCAUGGGGGUGAGGGGAUGUAUAACCCAACAUCCCCUGGAAUCUCCACCCUUGAUUUGAAUAUAUGUGUGAUAGAGCUUAGAAAAUGGAAAGAAGUCUGUUAAGUGAUGAUUAAAUUCUGUGGGAUCCUUGGAUUUCAUUUUACACCUCAAACUGAGAGAGGAGAUGAGAUGGAUGUGACUCUUCACAUUGAGCAGAAGUAGCCCCUUCAUCGGUUGAGUGUUUAUUGUAUUGGUAGUGAGCGACUGCAAGGCAUGCAUUUCAUAGGCAGCCGUUAACCAGCAAAGUGCUGUUCAUACCAAAGGAGCCUCUAAUGCAAGGAAAAUGGCUCCCUCUCUUGUUCCCUCUCGGGGCCUAUAUCCCCAAAUGCCCAGAAUGACUUAAUUUCAAAAUUCAACAUCAAAGUUAAGGAUUUAAUAGGCUACGUUGUGUCUCGGAAGUGCAAUACAUUCUGCAUUUGCAGUGAUCUGUGUUUGUUUGUUCUAAGAGAAUUUCUCACAUGUAUUGCAGUAGGUGUAUUGUUUUUCACAAAGGAACAGUGCAAUUGUUCAUCAUUUGUUACUGAAUUUGUAAAGUGCAAUAUGGACUGGCUAGAAAUAUUUAGCAUGGUCUGUUGGCAUGGAUCUCCCAAUCCGGAUUAAGGAUUCAAUUAUGCUUGAAGAUAAUAUCAGGCUCUCUGUUAUGUGAUCUUUGACAUUUGACCAAUGUACUUUUUAAACCUUUUCAGCUUUUGAUAUCAAUAUGAAAUAUGUAUAUCAGCUUGAACCAUGAUUUUGACAUAUCAGCAUAUUUAAAGAAGUCGGUCUGUAUAUUGGAGGAGUUUUGUCAUAUUUGUCAAGAUAAUUGAUAAAGGCCAGUAUUGCUUAGUGUAGUGGUUAACCAGGUAUGUUUUGACUGGACCAUAUGAUGGCUUCCAAAUUACAUGUAUCGUUUGGUGUGGACUGCCAAACACUGAAAGAAAGUUUGAUGAUAUCUACAGAAGAUUCUCUACAGUGAUAAUGGAUUAACUCCAGUACUUUCCAUUGUUAAAUUGAAUUUAAUACUGACAUUUCUCAUUACUCGCCUUUUCAGAAGUUAUGUGAAAAUAUUUAUGUAUUAUGCUACCGUGUCAAACGGAUACAUGUUCCUGAAUAAAUAUCUGGACUUUGAACACUUCAUACUCAACUGA